AUGAGUACAUUAGAUUGGAAUCAUAACUGGAAUGAUGGAUUAACACAGAGUGCAGUUGCUACGACAAGUUCUAAUGUAUCUGAAAACUAUGGUUGUCCUUGUAAUGGACCAAAAUUGAGUGCUCAGGAUAAAAAAAGUGUUAUUGGAGGAGGGCAAGAACAAGGAAUAACCAAUUUAGAAAGACAUAACUGUAAGAAGUUAGGCACCGGACUUCGAAGUUUUGAGUCCAAUGCUCGUAAAAAAGGCAUCAAUAAUCCUUUGAGCAUUUCUGCGAUACGUAAAAUUAAGAAAACAAAUAAGUUGUUCAGUUCUUUGGAUAAAACUUGUAGCAGUGAUAUGAAGGAUCCUGUCAGAACGAUCGUACAGAGGACUCUUCCACAGAAAGCGCAUCAAUUUCAGCUAGUGUUACCCGACCAUGCAACAUCUGAAGUAUCAGAGACAAUGAAUUAUAUAGAUCAUCGCAAUAUAAAACAAAAUUUGCCGUUAAAUCAAAAUUCGGCUAGUUUUAAAUGCAUCAGGAAGUCAAGUUCUCGAAGUUCCUUUUCAAGAAGUUUGAGUGAGAGAGAAGCUGACGGUGAAAGUUUCAACGUAGAUGUUGAAUCAGACGACAAAAUGAACGUGGAAAAGAAAGUGGUGCUAAUAGGAAAGGCAGUUUCCAUGAUACCGUCUACCUUUGCCAAAAAAAAUUCAAACGUUGAAAAAAUUGAGACUCGAAAUAAAUUAUCACGGUCUACAACAAUGCGAAAUCGCAGUUUCGAUUGGGAAAAAUUGGCAAUGAAAACCAAACCCUCAUUUAUGAAGCAUCGAAGUCAAAAAAUGCUGAAAAAUCGUUUGGAAAGAUAUUGUGUUUCAUCACCGGAAUCUUAUACGAACAACAUUCAGAAGACUGAUACAAUUAAAAAAAUUGACAGAACUACAGAUUUUGCUUUUCGAACUGCAUUACCGAAUUUUAAUCAAGAUUGUACUACUGUUGACGACUCAAGUAAUAUUCAUGCAGAGCAGGCUACAGAAAGAAGAAUUUCGUUGGAUGAUAGAGAAGGGAAAGAGACAGCAACUGGAAAAAUUAAUAAGGAAGAUUCUAUAGAAGUUCAUACUUCUCCGCUUUGUGUAAUCGGUGAAAACACUGAUGGAUUUAAACGUAUUAGAAAUGAUGAAUUCGUUAACGACACCAAAGACAAAAAAGAAAGACCAGUGAACCAAACAGUAGAUUUUUCAGUGGAAACGACUUUUUUGCUUACAGCAGGAGGUUCUCAAAACAUUAAGGUUGGUGCUAUGAUUGAUCAUAAUCCAAAACGGAUAUUGCAGAAUUCAAAUGAAUUUAUUAAUGGCAGUAAAGAAGAGAUUGACCAUGCAACUUUGACAACUGAUAAUGCUAAGCUUAAAGAAAUGUGGGCACUUGUUGCGGAAGAAACUUUGCUGGCAAAUAAUUUGAAUAACCUAGAUACAAAAAUCAGUAAAACUAAGGAAAAUUUAUCCACGCUUAUUCAGAAAUCAAAUCAGAUUAUGACAAGAUUAAAUGAAUUGCGAAUACGUAAAUGCCGUCUGUUAAGCAGACCAUAG